AUGAGUACACAACUCGCGAAGUGUAUGUCUCCUUUUGGUAAAGUUCGGGAGAUCACCGUUCAUGAAACAUAUGUGUUUUCUGACGGUUCUGGCUAUGUAGUCCUCGCCAAUACCCCUACCGACGAUGUGCCAUCGGAUUCUCUGAUGUACCAAAUUGCAUACGGUAAUACGCAAAAGAUUCUUGGUAAGUGGCCUUCUGUGGCCUCCCACUGCACUUACUGUAAGGAAAUGGGGCACAAAGUCGCAAAAUGCACCAAACGCCCAGCCGAAACCCGAAGGUGUUUUGGAUGCAACAAUACUGGCCACCUGCAAGCCAAUUGUCCGUACAAUACUGAUCCUUCCAAGACAUCCAAAACGUUCAACAAGCACUCCCGCCACCCCAACCACAAUUCGAAGCUUGAUUGCCCCAUCAUCGCGGUUAAGCUUUUGAUUCCCACUGAGCUCUCACUUAUCUACGAAGGAUCCGAGGCUUUUAAGCACAAUCCUUGUCAACCUGCUUUGCGUGAGUUGGCUGAGCUGCCUCCCACAACGACCCCCUUUGCACUACGGACACCAACUGAGACGCCCACGUCCUCCGGCCCUCGUCCUCAAAGCUGUUCUGUUGACAAUCCCACGCAUGGCUGGGACGAAGAGAUAGACGCCGAAAUAAUAACUAGCUUCAUGGAUAGAGAUGAGGUUCGGGCUCUCAGACUCCAGACUGCCUCUCGCCACCCUCAUCUUCGUUUUUCCCGGCCGACACGUCCAACAGGCCGCAAUACAUCUCUCUCCUCUUCGCUUCACUCGCCCACAAACCACAAUUGCCCUCGCACUAUGAACUGUAGAGGUCUACCCAAAGUCGAACACCCUGAAUCACGCUCCUUUUUUAUAUGCCAUUUACGCUCGGAGGGAAUCGAUAUUUUAGCCCUGCAAGAGACCCAUGCCUCAUCAUCUAUGCUUCAAUCUACCUUUGACCAACAACUUCGGUACUCUUCAUCAUUAUGGUCUCCACACUGCGGUGUUGUAUGCCUUUCCCCUCACAUUAUCUUCACUGACCCUCUAUUUAGCCCAUGUGGCAGGUGUAUCACGACAACUAUCACGCAUGUGGAUAAUACUUUUUCUCCCUUUAGGAUAGGCAUCAUCCAUGCUCCAGCUUCUCAAACUCCACUUUAUCGUUUUCUUACCUCUUUACUGUCCAUUCCUGACCUCAUCCCUCCCAAUCCUUCAAGUUUUAUUCUAUUGGGCGAUUUUAACCAUCACUCGCAGCCUACGUCCCACCGCGCCCUGUCUUCCACCACCAUUGACUACAUCCUUGCGUCCUCAGACCUUCACCCUCGCACUACAGACCCACAAGUGAGUUAUAUUCAUCAGAAAUGGUCUGACCAUUGCCUGGUUACCGUCAGUUUGUCCCUCCCUUCCACCAAGUCUUCUGGUAAGGGACUCUGGCGUGCUAACCCUCGCCUAACACAAUCGCUUUCGUUCCAUUCGAUUAAGCUCGAGGUCAUUCGUUUCAUUAAAUGUUUCUCUCGCCACCUUCGGUCCUCUCUGAACGACCUGGAAGCACGCCUACAAAAACGACGAGACCGACUUAUCCACCGUUUCCGCCACCAGCCUGCCCAGAACUUCCAACUCCCGAUUGUGGAACGAUUCUCGCAGCAAGUUCAACUUGAACGCGUCGAGAUUAUGGCUCUCAGGGCCGGGAAACACUGGCGGGAAAAGGGUGAGACUUCUGCAGGAUACCUCAAACGCACUAUCGCUAUUCGCCAAUCUCGCAAAGUCGUCGCUAGCGUCUACCACUCUGUUACAAACGACAUUUGCACCACACCCGACACCAUGACUGAGGCGGCGGCAGUCUUCUAUGAAGCCUUGUACACUCCUGAUACUAUAGACAACUCUGCUGUGGAUGAUCUGCUUUCUCAUUUGCCUUCAGAUUUCCACUUGCCUGAACUUGCACAUGACUAUAUGACUCGCCCAUUCACUCUCGCCACAAUUCGGUCAGGCGCUGCCCGUUCUCCCAGCUCUAGUAGCCUGGGCCCAGAUGGUUUGCCGUAUGAGAUUCUCUGCCUCAUUCUCGCCCAUCCCGUGUGUCCCUCUCGGAAUCGUUACUCCCUAACUGGAAUACUUUCCUUCGUGCAUAUGAUGUUACUGAUUGGCAUGAUACAAUGUGCUCUCCAACUUCGCUGGCUGAAGCCCCUUAUCCGUAAUCCUCUAUUGCCUCACGGUCUUUUUCCCCGAUGGUUCUCCACUCUCCUUCGCUCCGACGUCCCUACCAUUGAUCCUCUUCUUCACCUACUCUUUCCGGACUGUCGUCCUCGCAACCAUCGAUCCCUUGAUUCCCCGCUGCACCUGGUUCUGAAGGCUAUGGAUACUCUCCGCCGAAACUUUGACAGAGUGGUGCUCAACCUUUCCAUUUGUCUCAUCCUGCCUUUUUAUUCUAUGCUAUCCAGUCUGCCCUCUCACCCUCCGUAUCGACCUGCUUGGCGUGAUUUGCGAAUCCACUAUCUAUACAAAAUCGAGUCCAAUUUGGAUAUACUCACACCCAUCGUUCCCUCUCGUCCUCUACACCGUUCUGUCACACUUUACCGCAUCCUCAACAGACUUUGCGAUCAUACAAUGGUCCUGCAUCCCAUUCUCUUUCGAGCAUGCAUUCCUUCUUUUGUACUGGAAUUCCACCAGUCAGACCUUCCUAUUCGCGACGGGUCGUCCAUUGAUCUUCAGGCACUUAUGUCAGCUCAACUUCCCGGUCAGACCUGGUCCCGGCUCACAACCCGCUCUUACCGCUCUGCCUGUUCCCAUCAACUUUCUGAUGCUCGCCUCAUCCACCCUCCUCUUGUCCCACGACAACUUCGCUCCUUGUGGUCUUUUUCCCUCCAUCUCCGGGCUCGGAAUGUCUGGUUUCGUGGAUUGCACAAUAAGCUCUCGCGCCGAGCACUUCUGUACCACAUCAUUCCCUCCACCGUCUCUUCUCUUCUCUUCUCUCCACUAUUUUCCAGGGGUCCUCGAGACGCAAGAACAUUUUCUUCUUGGUUGUCCGUUAAAAUCCGCUGUGUGGACAGGCAUUUGGUUGGAAUUCUUUGA